GGCGCUCGAGUGCGCCUGUAACUAAUCCAGUUCAUUCCACCGGAUCAGUUCACCUGGACUCCUGACGGACGUUAAUGUGCGGAGCAGGUGAGCUUCACUGGAUAAGUUACUAUCUUUCGAGACAGCACUUACUUGACAGUUUUUGAGUCUUUUAAAGUGAGUUCAUAACAGUUACGGUCAACUUUAAACGCAGACUUUGUGAUCAUUUUAAAACAAUCUCCAAACACUUCUGAGGAAUGCGGCGGAUCUGAACCGCAAUAGUUUGUUUGUGUUUACAAAGUGAUUUGGGCAGCACAAGACAAUCUAAAAAGGAAACCAUGGCAACAGGAGGAUUUAAAUCUAACAGCGCAACGGACUUUCUGGAGGAAUGGAAAGCAAAGCGUGAGAAGAUGAGAGCAAAGAUGCUGGGAGAUAUCGCCGCCGCCACCGGGAGAACCACUGAGUUAAACAACAACGGCAGCUCGGUUAACUGCGUCUCCUCUUCGUCCUCCUAUCCGGUGACCCGGUCUUCCUCUUCGACCGCUUUGAAGGACGAACCGAAGAAACCCGAGCCGCCCGGGGAAAACUUGAAGACGCCGGAGAAAGUGAGUGGUGUCCCGCAGGCGGAGAGCUCGAGCCCCGCUGGUGUGGAAGACAGUGAUAAGGAGAGUCCCACACACAGCAAGAAUAAAGAGAAUAAGAGCUCAGGACCCAGCGCAAGAAAGGGCAAAGGACAGAUAGAGAAAAGGAAGUUAAGAGAGAAGAGGAGGUCAACAGGUGUUGUCAGCAUACCGUCCAAUGAGAGCUUGGAUGAGCUUGAUGACGACGAUGGAGAAGAGAAGGAGAGGAAGAUGGAAGAAAGUCUUACGCAGCACAACACUGUCCAGAACGAGGCAAUGACCCCUGACCCCGGAGCGGCCUACUCGAUACAGGACACUCCGAGAUCCAGAAGUCAUAAGAGCGACGAAGACGGAAACAGACAUCGCCAUCGACACGGAAGGGAAGGCAGCGGAGCUGCGCUCACAUCCCAGGAGAGAAGGAUAGAGGAGCUAGAAAGGGUACGUUUCUGUGCAUUUACCAUCAAGAUAGAGCAGCCUGUCCUACCUACAGCUUUUUACACAGGUCCUGUCCCAAACAACACAUUUGACCUGAACUUUUUGAUCUCGUAGACUUACCUCGUACCC